CAUGGCUGCGGGCGGACGCGCGGGCCCGGGGCGGCGAUGGCGCUGAGGCGGCUCCUGCUGCGCUACUUCCCGCCGGGAAUUAUCUUGGAGUAUGUAGAAGGUGUUGAGUCAAAGACCAGAUCAAUAGAUCUGCUUGAUCUUAGACCUGACACAGAUGUCACAGCCUUAGUAGAAGAAAUCCAAAAAAGAGAACCUCUCAUCACAGCUUCCUGCUUGGAACAUGUCAUGUAUCUAGUACAAAGAUUGCAGGAGAAGCUAGAGGAAAAACAGAAUCACAAAUUCUCUCUUUUUAAGGUGCUUAGAACACACAUAUUGCCUUUGACUAAUGUCGCAUUUAACAAAUCUGGUUCCCGCUUUAUCACUGGAAGCUAUGAUAGAACCUGCAAACUGUGGGAUACAGCAUCGGGAGAAGAGCUGCAUUCGCUGGAGGGACACAGAAACGUUGUCUAUGCAAUAGCUUUCAAUAACCCCUAUGGUGACAAGAUUGCCACUGGAUCUUUUGAUAAAACCUGCAAACUGUGGAGUACAGAAACAGGAAAAUGUUAUCAUACCUUCAGAGGACAUAGUGCAGAAAUAGUGUGUUUAGCAUUUAAUCCUCAGAGCACACUGUUGGCAACUGGAAGCAUGGAUACCACUGCCAAAUUAUGGGAUCUAGAGAAAGGAGAAGAAGUAGCCACUUUAAAUGGACACUCAGCAGAAAUUAUUGCUCUGUCUUUCAAUACCACUGGAGACAGGAUCAUCACUGGCUCCUUUGACCAUACAGUAGCAGUAUGGGAUGUUGGCACUGGCAGGUUGUUACAUACUUUAGUAGGCCACCGAGGAGAGAUUAGCAGUGCCCAGUUCAACUGGGACUGUUCUCUCAUUGUCACUGGAUCAAUGGACAAAACGUGCAUGCUGUGGAAUGCUGUGACAGGGACACACAUAGCGACGCUGGCAGGGCACAGCAGGGAGGUGCUGGAUGUGUGCUUUGACUACGCUGGGCAGCGCAUUGCAACAGCCUCUGCCGAUGGGUCAGCAAGAGUCUAUAAUGCAGGAACAAAACAGUGCAUUGCAAAGCUAGAAGGGCAUGAAGAUGAAAUUUCAAAGGUGUGUUUCAACCCUAAAGGCAAUUGCAUACUAACAGCCAGCUCUGAUAAAACAGCUCGGCUCUGGGAUGCUGCUACUGGACACUGCCUUCAGAUAUUAGAGGGUCAUGCUGAUGAGAUCUUCUCCUGUGCUUUUAACUACAAAGGUGAUACAAUCAUUACAGGGAGCAAGGAUAACUCCUGUAGAAUCUGGCACUGACUGAAGAAAAGGAUCCAGUUUGAUGUAUGCCUGCCUACUUUGUGAGUUUCAGAGUCAAUAAACUCAGCCUGUCAGA